UUUUCGUGCCACGGGAAAUGUAACGAUGAGGAGGUUAAUUCUUUAAGCGAGGUUCUGUGCAUCAGCUGCUUUUUUAUAUCCCCCGUUAACGGCGAAUACCGCAAGACCCGGGCUGUAUCCAGCCAGUCGGCUCUGCUUUCUACAAUGGAGUGCCUUUUUUAACGGUACAAUGCAUUUCACCUACCAGAUAGGGGGAGUCCAAGCUGAAAAGAUGAAGGGAAUAUGCUGAUGCCUGGCGAUCGGCAGCAAUGCAAACGUUCACCUUUUAGCAGGCAGCGACAGAGAGGGGCAGAAAAAAGCGAGUAAUAAAGCCGGAAUAUUCUUUUUUUUUUGUACGUUUCAAACUCGGGAUGCGCGACAGGGAGCAGCUGUAGGGACAGGAUCGAGGAGUGGACGGUUCUCUUAACAUGUCCGAAGCGCACUUUUCAACACCCCCGUCAUCCGACGAGAAUAUGAUCCGGUCAAAUCAUAUGGACAUGCCUCAUUAUUCAAUGAACACAAUCUCUCGCAACGCAUCGUUUACGCUCAGGAGUUAGCCGGCGCUUCUCCACAUUUUAAAGGCCCUUGUCGUCCCGCCUUCCGUGGAGCUGUCGGCGAUCUUCCUGACAUCCGGCAUUCAUUGGAGCGGCAGCAGUCACACAGGACUCCCUGAUCGGUGCCGACCAGGAGCGGAGCUGAAGCUGAGGGCUGGCUUAACGGGGCUAAGCACACUGUCACGCUGUCCAAGAAACUCCCCCCACCCACCGACUGAGGUGGCCAUUCCAGUAAGCAGUAGUCAGUCAGGAGUGACGGCGAGGGGCCACUUGAUCCUAACAAACGGGUUGCACUCCAGUAUGCAGUUGGUGUGUUAAGGAUGGAGGACUCUAGUUUGUGUCUUGGUGUGUCGUCAGCGGUGCCUGACGCUGAUGCCCAUCUGAGCAAUGCUGUGUUAAAUGGCCGCUACCCCAUCAGCCAAAAGCUUCACCAGCUUACUGCCCAGUUAGGACACGCCUUUCCUGACCUACACCGCCCACAGCAGAUCCCUGAAGAGAAAGCAGCCACACCUUUGGACGAGAAGACCCACCACGCGGCCCUGGCCAGUCAACCUAUCAGCAGUCAGAUGGCGCUGCUCGCCAAUCAGCUCAACCGAGACAUUGACGCAGGGGCACUAAGUGGGUUGAACGGGCGUGUUGACCUGCAGCAGUUUCUCAACGGCCAGAACUUGGGCAUCAUGUCCCAGAUGAACGAUAUUGAAGAUGACGCCCGCAAGAAUAGGAAGUAUCCCUGUCCACUGUGUGGCAAGCGCUUCCGUUUUAACAGCAUCCUAUCACUGCAUAUGCGCACACACACAGGAGAGAAGCCCUUCAAGUGCCCCUACUGUGACCACCGAGCGGCUCAGAAGGGCAACUUGAAGAUUCACCUCCGCACCCACAAGCUGGGGAAUCUUGGUAAAGGUCGCGGCCGUGUCAGAGAGGAGAAUAGGCUGCUGCAUGAGCUAGAGGAGAGGGCCAUCCUUAGGGACAAGCAGAUGAGAGGGAGCGGCAGUCUCCUCCAGACACCCCCAACACCCCAUUUGAGCCUCAAUAGCAGCUCUAACACCCAUCAGCAGCAACUAGGCCAGCCUGUGGCCUCCUGCUCCCCCCCCUCUGGCCUUGCCACUCCAGACCCAAUUCCCCAACCCUCUUCUUCACCCAAGCCGGCCGGCACCCAGGAUGAACAGUCCUUGAACCCCACUACAGGCUUCCGCUGUACCUUCUGUAAAGGGAAGUUCAAGAAGCGUGAAGAACUGGACCGCCACAUCCGCAUACUCCACAAACCCUACAAAUGUACCCUGUGUGAGUUUGCUAGCUCCCAUGAAGAGGAUCUGAUAAGUCAUGUGGAGAAGGCCCACAUCACAGCCGAGAACACACAGGGUACUGGUGGUGCCGGUGGCACGCAGGUGGCCACUGAAUUCCGCUGUGAAGUGUGUAGCCAGGUGUUCAGCCAAGCUUGGUUCCUUAAGGGCCACAUGCGCAAGCACAAGGACUCCUUUGAACACUGCUGCCAAAUCUGUGGCCGUCGCUUUAAGGAGCCCUGGUUCCUCAAGAACCAUAUGAAGGUGCAUCUCAACAAGCUGGCCAUCAAGAACAAGCCACACCAGCCCAGUGAGCAGGACAUGGCUGCCGUCAAUAGCAUGAGCAAUCUAGCUCAGGAAGCUCAUGCCAACCUUUACUCCCGCUACAUCUCCUGUCUUCAGGGAGGCUUCCUCUCACCAGACAAACAGGGCCUGAGUGAGCAGCAUCAACUGUUGGCUAAAGCAGGGAUAGCCAUGAAGGAAAAGGAGAUGCUAGGGAAGCUGCUGGGGCCAAUGGCAGGAGGUAUGGGCCAUGGGCUGGGAGAAAAUGAGAAGCGCUCACUCCUGGGUUGUCUCAACCUUGUGCCACCACUGAAGUCGAGCUGCAUGGAGCGCCUCCAAGCAGCUGCAAAAGUGGCAGAGAUGGACUCCCUCAAUAGCUACCAAGCCUGGCAGAUAAUGGCUCGUGGCAUGGCUAUGGACAGGGCUUUCAUGCCUAAGGAGCAGCACCAGCAUCAUUUACCCCCAGGGCAGGAAGAUGAGAUGGGUGGUGCUGGAGCCUUGGCAUCCUACUCAAAGGAUAAACAGGACUACUUGAUUGCUUCCAAUGAUAGCUCCAAGCAGAAGCAGCUCUCGGAGGCCUUGCAGGGCUCCAAGGCCGGUGGCGGAGCCAUGAUGUCCAUGAAGGAGGAUGGAAGAGGCUUUGACAGUCACCGUGACAUAAUGUCUGUCCACGGUAGUUCCGAGGCUCCUGGAGUCCUGGCUGGCUUGGGAAGCCCACACAUUGACUACAGCCUCUCCGUCCUGAAGGAGAAGCCUUCAGAAUGCCCCGACUGUGGCCGGGUCUUCAGAACCUACCAUCAAAUGGUCGUCCACUCCCGCAUUCAUGGCAAAGACAGGAGAGGCAUUGAAGAAGCGAUCCAGCAACAAGGUCUGGACGAACGGCGUGGAUCAGCCAGUGACCCCGAGUCCCAGUCCAUCAGCCGCUCCACCACUCCUGGUUCAUCCAAUGUGACGGAGGAAAGCGGAGCUGGAGGAGGACACUCCCAGACAGGAAGUGUCCAGGAUGACAGCCCACAUCCCUCCUCACCAUCUUCAGAUGUCGGGGAGGACUCGGGGAAGGCGGCGGGGAGCGUUCAGCCGUCGCUGUCCCAGCAUCGCGAGCGGAGCGUGGCCUCGUCCUCCAAGGACUGCCCCUACUGCGGCAAGUCCUUCCGCACCUCCCACCAUCUCAAAGUCCACCUGCGGAUACACACAGGAGAGAAACCCUACCGGUGCCCUCAUUGUGACUAUGCCGGCACCCAGUCUGCCAGUCUGAAGUACCACCUGGAGCGCCACCACCGCGAGCGCCAAAAUGGCUCCACCACCUCAGGCCCAUCCUCUUGCCACACCCCUUCUUCUGACCACAAAGAGGAUCAUGGGAAGACAACCGGUGGCGGCGUCUUUGCUCGACCAGAUGUCCUCCGUAAUGUCUUCAAGAGCAUGCCUCCCAACCUAGACUUCAGGGCAGGUCCAAUGCUGCCACAUCAGUGGGCAUCGGCUGGUAUGAUGUCUCCGCAUGACCGAGAUCGUGAGCGCGGGGACCGCCGCUUUGACUCCGCCUCUUCAGCUGAGAACAUGAAGACUGCUGAUGGCCCGUCUUCCCUCGUCUCAACAGGGACAGAUAGCUUCUCCGACCUAAGCAGGGCUUACCAAAGCAUGAUGGGAAACGGGGUCCACUUUCAAGGUUCUCUCCAGGCCUUCAUGGACAGCUUUGUCCUCAGCUCCAUGAAGAAGGACAUGAAGGACAAUCAGAGUUCAGUCCAGCUCCAGGCCCAGUGCUACCAUGACAAUGGCGAGCCCAAAGCAAAGCGGGCCAUUUCGGCUGACCAGGAAAGAGAAGACAAGACUGAAGCCAAACAGAACUCACAGCCUGGUAAACCUGGGUCCCAGUAUGAACCACUUGAUCUGUCUGUGUCAGUCCGGCCUGAGUCUGCAUCCGGGUCCCUCCCUGGGUCUUCAGUCACCAUCCAUGAUAAUGUGGCGUGGCAUGGCUGUCUCUUCUGCUCCUUCUCCACCUCCUCAUUCGAGAUCAUGGCUCUGCACCUCCAGGCCAACCACCUGGGUAAGGCCCAACAGCAGCGGUCUGAUACAGGCAAGGAGCUUCAUGGAGAGAACUCUCCCACCACCUCCAUCAUUCACUCCUCCAACAUCAAGACCUCUGGUAUGGCCCUUGACGGAGACAGAAAUGGGGAGAAAAUCCAGGGAGGCUGGAACAACCACAUCGACCAGCCCUACAAUCCCUUCCAGAGUGACUUCUACAGGCGGUUUGGUGGCUUGUAUGAUGGAUCCCAGAGGGUCAACCAGGGCCUUCAAGCGUAUUUAGUCCCUGCAGAGCAGGGUAUGGACCUACCCACGCGGGCCUUUGGUGGAGCAGCUUCAGCUGGGGAUGACCAGAUUGCUGAUAGGGGCUCCCGUGGAGACACCGAAGAGGACCAGGCUGGAUCAGAUGAUGAGGUUGCAAAGGCCGGGGGACGCAGUGCCAGUGACACCCCUUCAACCACCCCCAAAAGACAGCAGCAACAGAAUUACACCGAUGAAGAGGAAGAGGAGAGAGGAGUGGCUGAAGAGGAGGAGGAAAGAGAUGAGGAUGGGCAAAUGGACGUGGAGAGAGAGGAAGAUGGAAGUCCGACUUCAGACCGCUUCCAGAACCACUCCAAACAGCUCCAAGACAACUCCUCUCUGCCCCCAAGGGGUGGAGGUGGUUUGGCCGCUUCUUCCUCCGCCAUGACACCAUAUUCUCUGGUUCCCCAAACCAAGAACCAAGCUUUGCCACUGGAGAAGCAGUGGCAGCAGGGCCUGGCCCUCCUGUCUCCUGGAGGUCCCCCAGGACUGUUGAAGACUGAGCAGCACACCCACCUAGAGCAGCAGAUGAACAUGCUGUCUGUCCUCAGAGCCUACAGCAAUGACAACAUCCCCGCAUUCAACGGCCUGGGAGGCGGAGCACCCACAGGGGGCAUGAAGAGGCCAGAUGCACCUGGCCAGAGACCAUUCAAGUGCAGUUACUGCCCCUACAGCGCCUCCCAAAAGGGCAACCUGAAGACGCACGUGCUGUGCGUGCACCGCAUGCCCUUUAACAACAGCCAGUAUCCCGACCGACGCUUCAAGCGCUCCCAUCCUGGGUACGACAUCCCGGAGAACAGCCCCGAUGAUGCCGUGGGCGGCGUUCCACCGAAUCAACCGAUAACAGAUGGGAGCCAUGGGAAUAACGUUAUGUGGUUUGCAGGGGAGGCCGAGUCACAUCACCAGGAGUGAAGCCGCCAUGAGCUUGGGUUGGUUGAUAACAACCAGCAUAGAGGUCUGUGUUGGACAAUGAGAGUCCCAUAGAUUAUCAGGCAAACACGCCCUGAUGCACAUUAUAGUUGGUCAGUUUAAGACUCAUUUCUAUCAGACCCUGACCGGACAACGGCAAGACAAUGAGAUCCACAAACACUAGGUAAACAUACUCUAUGUGUGGUAUUGGAAGUCUGUGAACAUUUACUAAGAACACAUUAUAAUCUAUGUAUUUGUGAUGAGGUGAUUCAGCGUUUUUGUAUCCUUUAACCAAGCACAGUGGAUUAUGUGUAAGAACGGAAAAAGAGAAAGUGUUUAAAAAAACGUUAAUGAAAUUGUAGUUUUCAGACAAAUCACGAGGGAAGGCGGCUGUGAAGCAAGAGGGAAGAUGAUGAAAAUCAUUGGAGCGACUUUUCUCCAAAAAUAAUGCUUUUAUCAGAAAAAUGAUCCGUGUAAACGAUUGAGCGGGGCAGUUACUGGAGGGAGGAUGGAAGGGGCGGUGGAGUAAGAGGAGGGAUUUUGAAUGCACACCACCACCACCACCACAGCCAUCCCAGAACAUAACACCAGUGGCUGCCAUUUUCCCAGUGUGAGUGAUGAGCCCUGUAUGUGUGUGUGUGUGUUGUGGGGUCAGCGGUGGCCAUGGUGGCUUGUGUGUCAGGGAUAGAGGGUAAAGGGAGGAGGGGUGCAUUGGUGCCAGCCUGACUGGAGCUAUCAUUGCAGAGGAAAUCAAUUCAACAACACACACACACUCAGAGUCCUACAGUGGUAACCCGACUCUGGACGGUAUACGCCAGGGGGGUCAAGUUGAGUCCCAUCAGCUGGCCGGAGCCCCUAGAGUCACCUCCUACCCUCCUAUAUCCUUCCCUCAGCUCUCACUCUCUCUAGUGCGAGCCCGGUCCGUUAGAAUGAUGUGGAAAAUUCAAAGCAAAUCAAUCAGCAACGUAUUUAAAGCAUCCAUUAGCCAACGCUGUGGCUUGCCCUGCUCUGGUUUUUUCAAGGUGACCUUACUGGCUCCACGUCAGGGAAAGACGGGUAGUUUUAGCCAAUUGUGUUUGAGCUUUGUCGUGACAGAUGACAGUUUGGUACCCGGACGAAGCCGUGUAUGGGGGAUUUUUUUCUACAUGUGCUUUAGAAGGAAAAGAUCAGACGUUAUGUACAUAUAAAAAGGUGUUUGACAUCCCCCUUAAGGACAAAAAGCAGGAUUAACCUCCUCCACUGAUAAGCUCUUUUAAAGUUGCUCCACGGGGAGGGCCAUGAUGAAAAAUAAGAUAAUCAUUCACCUGCUUUAUGUCUCUAAUUAUAGUACAUUUUCUAUAAAACAAGUUAGUUUUUAGUUUUUUUCAAACGAGGCAUUCUCUUUUCUUUGUAUAAGUAGUGUUUUAUUCUUUAUCCCUAUGUGAAUUAUUCCUGAGGGGGAGGGGCACAUAAAACAUUGAAAGUGGAAUGUUUUGAUCCCAUAAAAUCAAGCUACAUAGCUUAAAGGGCAAAAGACAACGUAUCAACUUUGAUUGUACUCAGUUGUGCCGGCAGCUCAUGGUGUACUGGGCGAGGGGAAAUAAGAACGUAUGGCGCUUUGUGUGGUGUCGGCGUUGGUGGUAGGGGGCUGGUUGCUGGGGGGGCGUGUGUUUUAAUGUAUUUUCUGAUAAAGAGAAAUGAUCCGGACUUUAAGAAAGUCAAUAUCUUCCUGCACAAACACACAGGCAGUGGCGGGGAGGGCUAAAACUCUUAAAACCUCGGGGCCUCAGCUCUGCCGAAAGGAGUUUACAGUCCCACACAAUGCACUUGCACACACCAACAACAGGGUGAGGAAUACAAUCCUCCUGCACACAUGAAGAGAUGGAGGGGUAAGCAGAGAGAAAUAAGGAGAGAGGAAGUGUAGAGGGGGAAAAAAAGAAAGAAAAGGGAGUAAUAUAGAAAGUUGAAUGUUCUGCUGUAAUAGUGGUUUUGAUUGUGUCGCUACAAUUUGAACUUUUUGGCCACACUGAAAAAUACAGUAUUAUUAAUAUAAUAAUAUAGUACAUUGAAUACCGUAUUUUACUUGCCACACUUCCAUUUCUUUUUUUUGUAGCCAACAGGACAGUAUAGUUCUCACAGGCUUCUGACUGAGUGUCUGUAGACAUGAACGCACUACUGUGUUUUUGGUGGCUGUAUAUCUUGCUUUUCUGGAUGUGUGUGUAUUCAUGCGCGCGUGUUCCGAACAUUUACGUAUACGAGCAAAAAGUCAAUGGGAAGAAAAAGUUUUUUUCAAAAGUACACAUUCCAUUUGUUUGUUUUUUGGCAGCCUGGUUUUUCCAUCUUACUAAAUAACGCAUGUGGAUCAGCACGGUUUCAUCAUCUUGCUCAGAUGAGGCAACCACUUUUUGUUUCAACACUGGAGAGCGCCAUUUGUUGUGAUUCCUCCGUGACUUGUACUCUUUGUCCAUCCCUGAGUGUGAUGCGCCCCCCCCCGCACACACACACACCCUGCUGUAAUCCCCAAAUAAUCCAUUCCAUUGUCCCCGUGCUGUUUGAUCUCCGUCAAGCUUCCUAUUGAAGUAGCACAUGCAGUUUGCUCAAUUAUAAUCACUGGUGCAAGGAGAAAAAAAAUGAAACCAUGCCCAUUCAUUUCAUUCUGCAAUAGAUUCUGUAGUAUGCAAUCCUAAUACUGUCCACAUUCCUAAAUGAACAAGAUUUCUAUAGCCGAUGGGAGGAGAAGUGAGGAGAGGGGUUUUGUUGCAAACUGUUAUAAAGUUAUCUUAACAGUAGAUAACUUUAUAUUUAAAAGACUAAUAUCCUUGCUCAUUAUUUAUUACUCCACAUCUGUUUGACAGAAGACAAAAUCUUCCACUAAAGGGGUGUUUCAAACAUGGACUGUUUACUCUUUCCGCGGUCUAGACGUUCUGAUGUACUUUUAAAGCGGUAAGAUUUAUCUGGUGUUUUUUUUUCCAGCAAUAAAAUCCUCUACCUCUGGGAAACACUGUGUUUUGCAUCUGGCUCCUUUCACACCAUUCAGAUCAAACAACUUCACUGAGGAAGACGAACUAUUCUGACUGCGGAAAGAGUGCUGACACCGGGUACGGAAAUGUUUCACUCAAAUCAAAGUGAUAAUUUGUGUCUUAAAACGUACCUUUAUGUUGCCCAUAAAAAAAAAAGGACACAUAAGAAUUCAGAUGUUUGCUUGUAAAUGCUGGGUCUUACUCGCUCAGUCACCAUACAC